AUGAAGUCUUUCAUCUCUAUAUUUUUUCAUGUAUGUCCUCUUCUUCUUCUAUUUUAUCCAUUGGUUGUAACACCUAUAUCACCUCCUAAAACUAUGAACUAUACAUUUCCUGCUGUUAUAGCGUUUGGUGAUUCAAUCUUGGAUACCGGAAACAAUGAUUACAUUAUAACAUAUAUGAAAGCGAAUUUCAAGCCGUAUGGAAGGGAUUUUAUUGGAGCAAAAUCCACGGGAAGGUUUAGCAAUGGCAAGAUUCCUUCAGAUUUUUUUGUUGAAACACUCGGUAUAAAGGGGACCUUGCCACCCUAUCUUGAUCCAAAAUUGAAAGUAGAUGACCUCUUAACUGGUGUGUGUUUCGCAUCAGCCGGUUCAGGAUAUGACCCCGUCACAGCUAGAAUAAUAUUGGCAUUGUCAGCAGAUGAUCAACUACAGAUGUUCAAAGAAUAUAUAGAGAAAUUAAAGGCAGCUGUAGGAGAAGAAAGGACAAAUUUUAUUCUAGCAAAAAGUAUUUUUAUUAUCAGCAUGGGAAGUAACGACAUUUCAAUAACAUAUUUUAUGACGCCAAUCCGGCGGCAUAAAUAUGAUAUUGCGGAAUAUACAAGUAUGCUGGUCAAUACAUCUUCUGAUUUUGUGAAGGAACUUUAUCAACUGGGAGCAAGAAGGAUCGGAGUAAUUGGCUUAACACCGGUAGGAUGCGUGCCAUUCCAAAGAACAGUAAGAGGAGGAAUAGGAAGGAACUGUGUAGAAUCAGUAAAUCAAGCCGCCAUGCUCUACAAUUCCAAGCUUUCAUCAGCGAUUAUGGCUCUCAACACAGAUUUUACAGAUGCUAGGCUUGUCUACAUUGAAGCCUAUGAAGAAUUGAAUGAAAUUAUCCAACACCACAAUCAAUUUGGAUUUGAAGUGGAGGAUAGUGCAUGUUGUGGCAUUGGAAAUGUGGAACUUGGUCCUCUUUGUAAUCCUCUCAACUUAAAAGUCUGUGAAGAUGCCUCUAAAUAUGUGUUCUGGGACAGUUAUCACCCAACAGAGAGAGCUUACAAUAUUCUUGUUUCAGAGAUUAUAAAGAAAAACAUUGAUAAGUUUGUUUCAUAA